AUGGCAAACAUCAUGCACACCACCUCCGCCGACACCACCACCACCGCCGAUGCCGCCGAGAAAAUGGCGGUUGACAUCGACGAGAAGAGAGGCGCCGAGAAGGGAGGCGCCGAGAAGGAGGUGGUAAAGACCGAGGAGGAGGACGAGUGGGAGGACGAGGAGGAGGACGAGACGGAGAUGGACGAGGAGGGAGGGGGAGAUGAGGAGAAAGCCAGAGAGGACCAGGAGGACUGGGAGUGGGAGACCGACGAGGAGGAGGAUUGA